UCACAAUGUGUUGCUAUCAAAACAUAAAAAUUUAAAUUUAAACAGGAAUGAACUCAUUUGUACGACUUUGCUUGGGUGAACGGUGCAACGAAAAAUAAUAAUGAAACUAGUUCUUAGUGUGGCACUUUUCAUUGCUUUGGCGCAUGGCGCAUCGGUAAAGACUGAACUGAACUUAGAACCGGGACAAAUCAUGGAAUUGACCGGGUUUCAUGAAGGAACAAGGGCAUCUUCUGGACCCUCUGCCGCCAACAUGCGACCAUUGAUUUGGGACGAGGAACUUGCCUACGAAGCGAUGGACGAUUCGAGAAACUGUUAUAACUUCCCCAUCAGUAAAGAGUCAAGGAAAUACGGAGAAGUAGGAGUGAAUGAAUACAUUUCCAAAGGACAGCUGGAGAAUUUUUCUGAGUUCUUGAGAAAGACGUUCGAUGCAUGGGGAAGCGAGAUGAUGAAUUAUGACUUCUACAAGGCAACGUGCAACACGGGGUAUUGUGGGAAUUAUACGCAGCUCGUCUGGGCUGAAAGUCAUAGAUUCGGCUGUGGGAUGACAACAUGUGAUGGAGUGGAGACCGGGGAUGGAAGAAAAUACGGAGUCGCUACUUUGUUUCUUUGCAGAUAUUACCCGGCUGGGAAUGUUGAAGGCAGAGCGCCAUUCAAAGAAGGUGCGAGAUGUUCCGAGUGCGAUCUGACAACAGAAGAGUGUAAAGAUGAGGCUUUCUGUUUCAGUCAGGCUCGAGAUGGCGCUAGUCGUGUACACGCAGUUCACUUUAUGACAUCACUAUGUCUUCCAAUUCUGGUCGUCGUCUUCAAUCAAGCGUGGAAACUGUUUUGAAAUGAAGAUUUUUAAAUUAACUCUGUUGAAAUGUAGACCCUAGCGAUACAAAUAAAUGAAUUAAAUAACUUAAA